UUCUCCAGACAUGUCCCCCAAGAAGCUCCACAGGAGCCACAGCCUUGUUGCAGAAAGAGGCACAUCACCCCUCAGGAGUGUGCUGGGGCUCUGCUCCUCCUCCAGACCUUGCUGGAGCUGUGCCUGCACGACUCUGGUCUCACAGUGCUCCCCCCAUCUCACCCCUGCCGUGCAGAUGCCCGCCCACGACUGGUGUCCUGAUGUCACCUGGUGGCAGGGUAUAUCUGGAGGACAAAGGACACCUCGAGACUCUUUCUGCACAGGCUGGAGGACGGGAGUUGAAUGAUUUGCAAGAGGAGCCCUUGGCACUACAGAGGGAUCUGAGAGAGGCACGUGCCUGCCUCACGCAGCCCAGCCAUGAGCGAGACCCCAGCCGCCAACCUCAACACUGGAGAUGCUCCAACCGGCCCCGCCACACCGCGCAAGGGGCCUCCCAAGUUCAAGCAGAGACAGACCAGGCAGUUCAAGAGCAAGCCCCCCAAAAAAGGAGUAAGAGGGUUUGGAGAUGACAUCCCAGGCAUGGAGGGGCUGGGCACAGAUAUCACCGUCAUUUGCCCAUGGGAAGCUUUCAGCCAUCUGGAACUGCACGAGCUAGCUCAGUUUGGGAUCAUCUAAGGUGUCAGGAUCUCUACUGGUGUCACCUGGUGACUCCACACAUCCCAACAUGGUCUUUACCACCUUUGACACUUACUUUUGGCCCUUGCAUCCACUUGCUUAAGGGCAGGGUGGUUUUGUAAGAGCUAGUUGUGAGAAACUUAACUUUGCAGAUUAAUUUGGCAAAGAAGUUAUUUGGGACCCUGAGCAGACCUCACGUUCCAUGAGACGAAACUACUGAAAAAUGUCUUAAUGUCUCCCCACACCAUAUUCUUUCUUCUCUCACUGUCAUAGAUCUUCAAUGUUUGUGGUGAUACAGGGAGGCUGUAUUUGAACUUUUUCCCUGAUUAGCUGAGAUAUUGUGUGCGUGUGUGUCCACACCUAAUUAAAUCACCCUAUUCUGUUUUCUUCCUUCCCUCUCUUUCUUCAGCUUUCUGUAUAGAAUUUCCGUGGGUAGGUCCCAGUGUUAUUUGAGCCAGCAGUUAUUUGCUCAGAGUACAUUGGUAGAGAGCAGCAUUAGUCACCAGUCCAGACGUUAGGCUGCUUUCCAUAGGAGAUCCUUCCCCAGCGGCUCACCAUAAGGAACGUGCUGCUAAGACUUACCUCAUCAGCAAAUGGGGAAAAGGGCUUGCAAAUGUCUCUGCUGUACUGCCCACAGGCUAUUAACCACGAGAGUCUGGCUGUUCUCGUAACGUUAAAUGAAAAUGUGUGCGUCUGAGAUCAAUAGCUAAGUGAAUUAAUCCUAUUAUUCAUUCCUUUGUGGUUGCAGCUCCAAAGAAGUAGCGCUCCAAAUGACGCUGCUUUUCCUCUCCUUUGGUGGGAAGCCCUGUGUGACAUUUCUCCCCAUGCCCAUACAUAUUUACAUGAGACAUUUGCUCCCCAGGACAUGCUUGCUACUUAUUAAGACAGAGAAUCCUUAUGAUCUGUCACCAGACUGUGCCAGCAGUCUUGCCACAUCCAGCAGAAAAUAAUAUCGCAGUAAUUCCUCCCUCUUCCUUGUAUUUAGCAUAGGAAAAGUCACCCUUCACCCUGCCCCUCAUAAGCAGGAAAGCUUUUCUCUCUUCGCUGCCUGGCAAUUUCUGGAGCUUAUUUGGACAAGCAGGCAAAUGGUGUCCCCAGAGAGAAGUACCAGCAGAGCAAGGGGGAGGCAGGGGCAGGGUAGGAUGUGUGCAUGCAGGCAAGCACAGAGCCAAUCCACUUAACCCCAUCAAUCUGUGUCUGCCAGACACUGCCAGUGGUGAGGCUCCCGAAACCGCUUCGAUGUUCAGGGAAGGCACGGAGAUUCCCUACGGCCCUGGCAUUAAGGAAGGGCUUUUGGCUUGUUUGCAGGCAAGGAGCAGUUUAUUGUAGCUACAUAGUAUUCAUAAGAGGAGGUGGAAUUUUUAAUCAUUGUCUUUAGCUUGAGAAGCCUCAUUGCUUAAGAACUGCCUCCCCCUAUCUAAUCUUUCCUAUGCUGAACAUGUUCAUGGGAGCAAGGAGUGAUUGUGGAGAGGAGAGCAAAUCCUGUCUAAACGAUUGAUCCCCACGCAUAAAGCAUUGCUAUAAAUCCAUGGCGGUGCCAUAGUUAUCUGCUACUGUUAUUCCAGAAAUAAAAGCUAGCAGUUUUCGGUUAAAAUAUAGCUUGAGCACCAAAAGCUGAAGGAAAUUAACUCCUGUCGGCAGCCCAGAGUGCAGCUUUUAUUAUUCAGCACUCCUGCCAUUAGAAGCAGCAGCAAGCCGUGGAGUGGUUCAGAACCGCAGCACUAUGGCAGCAGAGCAGAAGUCGUGUACCAUUUAGC